AUGGCGCGCCCAAAAAAGGCACCUCAACAAGAUGCCCAGGACACUUCAAUGGGAUUCACCCCCGAGAGGUUUGAGAAGGAGCUUAAAGAUCUAGCUUCCAAAGCCAAGAGCAAUACGUGGAGCAACACUGUCGUCGAGCAGGUGGCCAUUUACGUGAAGACCCUGGCGCUGCUUACUUUGCUGGGCGUGUACUCUCAUGCGUCGCAGCUUGCGCUUUCGCCGGUCUAUGGCUCGAUAUCGGCAGCGACGUGGCAUUCGAAAGUGGUCAUGGCCGGGUGCUUCAUUGGCUGGGCGGGCAAUCUGGCAUUUCGGCAAAUACUCGCCGUGAAGACGUCGCAGCUUCUGCCCCUGGUUGCCAUAUAUGUGCCCAUGGUGCAAAGCUUCUUGUAUAGGUUCAGCCAGACUUUGGGACCGCAAUAUGGGCCCCUAGUUACGGAGAUUGUGACUUUGUUCCCGCUGGCGAUUUUGUCUGCUGCUUCUGUGGCGGAUUGUCUGGACGGUGCAGAUAUGAGCUUGCUGCCCAAGUUUCUGGGGGAGGCUGCCCCUGGGCUCGGAUCGUGGGGGACGUUCAAGCUCGUGGAGCAUAUAGCAGAGAUGCACCUCCGGAAGCAUGUUGGGACCAUGUUUUGGUACACGCGCGUGGGCAUUGAGAUUCUCUUGGCUGGCUCGUAUACGCUGCUUGCGCCCUCCAAGUAUCUAGCUCUUGCGGUCCCGGCAUUGAUACACACGGCAAUGUUCAACCCUCAUGUGUCCACACCGACGGCUACGGCACUUUUGAACGACACAAUGCUGGCUGAUAAUUGGAUGCUUCUUGAUCGACGGGAGUCGGUGACUGGGUACAUCUCGGUGGUUGAGAACACAAAUAGCAAGAUGCGAGUGAUGCGAGCGGAUCAUAGCUUGCUGGGAGGGGAUUGGGUAGAGUGGCGCAAGGAGCAAGUGGUGGAACCUGUUUACGCAGUCUUUGUCACGCUGGAAGCAGUGCGUCUUGUUGAGAGAGAGGUGCCAUUGGCGGACGCUGAUGCCAAGGCCCUGGUCAUUGGUCUUGGUAUUGGAACAGCGCCAUCUGCGCUUGUGUCUCAUGGAAUUGACACUACUGUCGUGGAAAUUGACCCUGUAGUUUACGAAUUUGCCCAGAAGCAUUUCCAGCUUAAGGAGAAUCGUCCAGCGGUUAUUGAAGACGCGGUCAAGUAUACUACUCGGGCUGCCAACGAAACCAAGAAUAUUUAUGACUACAUUGUCCAUGAUGUUUUCACGGGUGGUGCGGAGCCUGUGAAUUUGUUCACCUUGGAAUUCUUCCAAAAUCUGUAUACCUUGCUGAAGCCCGAUGGCGUUAUUGUAAUUAACUAUGCUGGCAAUCUAAUGCUACCGACUCCCAAAAUUAUUGUCCGAACUAUCCUACAGCAAUUUCCAACUUGUCGCAUAUUUCGCGAGAACCCCGCUGAUCAAAAAGCCAUUGAGGAGUCAGGCAUAGACUUCACCAAUAUGAUGAUCUUUUGCCGCAAGACUGAAGGCGCACUGACAUUUCGUCCUGUGGUGAAGGAGGAUUGCCUGAAUAGUGUCUCAAGGCAAAACUUUUUGAAUCCCCUGAAUGAGAUGUUGCCUCGGGACUUGUUUUCCAUUGGCAGCGAUGAAGAGGGUAUCUUACUGAGGAACGGAACGGACAAGGUCAGCAAGGGGCAACAGGUCAACUCGGAUGGACACUGGGCGAUUAUGAGGAAAAGCCUGCCGGCUUCUUUUUGGGAGAGAUGGUAA